GUGGCGACGCCACCAGAUACCAACGCCGCCACCUCCUCUGUGUCCAUGAUGGACUCGGUGUUGGAAGAGGACGUCACCCUCCCCGGGAUACGCAGCGGCUGCAGUGGCCUUGUUCCCAAUUUACCAGAUGACCUGGAUGGCAUCAGCCCCAUUGCUGGUUUGGGAAAUGGUGCGCUCCCACAUGUGUCGGAAGAAAUGGUGUCUCCCACCAGAGCCCGGAACAUGAAGGACUUUGAAAACCAAAUCACUGAAUUGAAGAAAGAAAACUUCAACCUAAAGCUCCGCAUCUAUUUCCUCGAGGAAAGGAUGCAACAGGAAUUUGAUGGCCCCACUGAACACGUCUACAAAACUAACAUCGAGCUCAAGGUGGAAGUAGAGAGUCUGAAGCUGGAGCUCCAGGAGAGAGAGCGGCUGCUCAUCAAAGCCUCCAAAGCAGUUGAGAGCCUCACCGCAGGGGGUGGCUCUGAAAUUCAGCGGGUGAAGGAAGAUGCUCAGAAGAAGGUGCGGCAGGUCGAAGAGCUCCUAACCAAGAGAAUACUCCUUUUAGAAGAGGAUGUGAAAGUCGCCCAAGCAGAGCUGGAAAAGGCCUUUGCUGGAACAGAAACAGAGAAGGCUCUUCGGUUAAGCUUGGAAAACAAGCUUUCAGAGAUGAAGAAGAUGCACGAGGGGGAUCUGGAGACGGCUCUGGUCCUGGAAGAGAAGGACAGACUGAUUGAGGAGUUGAAGCUGUCUUUGAAGAGCAAAGAAGCUUUAAUUCAGUGCCUGAAAGAGGAGAAAUCUCGGAUGGCAUCUCCAGAUGAAAACGUGUCAUCUGGAGAGCUCCGAGGACUUUCUGCUGCUCUGAGGGGAGAUGAGGAGAGAGGGACCGAGGCUGCACAAAUGGAGGAGGAGAAGGAGAGAAAUCGCUUUGAAGAGAGGAUCCAGGCACUUCAGAAGGACCUGAGAGAGAAAGAAAGAGAAAUUGCUACGGAAAAGAAAAAUAGUUUAAAGAGGGAUAAAGCCAUUCAGGGUCUAACCAUGGCACUAAAGUCGAAGGAAAAAGAGAUUGAAGAACUUAACUCUGAAAUUGAAGAGCUCAAUGCUGCCUUUGCUAAACCCCGAGAGGCCCCCCAGAAAGCACAGACCCAGAAAUUCCAGGGGUCUGAAGAUUACGAGGCUGCUCUGUUAGAAAAGGCAGCCCUUUUGGCUGAGCUGCGCUCAGAAAACCUCACCAAGAGCACAGAGAACCACAGACUGCGUAGGAGCAUUAAGAGAGUCAGCCGGGAGCUGAGCGACCUGCAGCAGGAGAGGGAGAGACUGGAGAAGGAGCUGGAGGCAGCCCACCAAGAGAGGAGCAAGGGAGACCGCAUCACCCACGACCUUAGAAAUGAAGUUGAGAAAUUACGCAGUGAAGUGAAUGAAAGAGAGAAAGCAGUGGAGAAUCGUUAUAAGAGUCUUUUGAAUGAAAGUAAUAAAAAAUUGCACAGUCAAGAGCAAGUGAUAAGAAAUCUAACAGAAAGUGCCAGUCAGAAGGACUUGUUGCUUCAGAAAUUCAGUGAAAAAGACUUGGAAGCAAUACAGCAGAACCGUUAUUUAAUGACUGCGGGGGAUCUCGAUUUCAGGAGUGAAGACUUAAUAACAGAAAAGUGCUCUUCUCAGUCACCAGGCAGCAAAAGCAUCUUCUCCGAGGAAAAACAACAAUUAGGCUAUGAAGAGCUGAUUCAGGUCUUAAAGAAAGAGCAGGACAUCUAUACACAUCUGGUGAAAUCUCUGCAGGACUCCGACAGUGUCAGCAACCUGCAAGCUGAGUUGAACAGCAUCUUUGCCCUGCGGAAGCGGCUGGAGCGCGAUGUGCUCUCCUAUCAGAACCUGCAGAAGGCCCUGGAGGAGCAGAUCAGUGAAAUCCGGCGGCGAGAAGAAGAACCAUUUUCAUUUUAUAGUGAUCAAACAUCUUAUCUGAGUAUUUGCCUUGAAGAGCACAAUCGGUUUCAAGUGGAACAUUUUUCUCAAGAAGAGCUUAAGGAAAAGGUCGGUGACCUUAUCCAGCUGGUGAAGGAGCUGUACGCAGACAACCGGCACCUGAAGAAAACUAUUUUUGAUCUCUCCUGCAUGGGCUUCCCGGGAGAGGACAGGCCUGAGUCGGCAGAUCAAAUGGAGCUUCUGGCUAGCAAGGAGGACGAGGACUCAAGCAGAAUUGGAGAGGAUGACAAGAAUAAUCUGCUGAGUGGCGAGCGUCUGGAGCAGAGGAACAAGAUUAUGGAGGUCAAUUCCAAAGGGGGCUGCAAAAAUGGAUAUUUAAGGCACACAGAUUCCAAUAUUGUAGACUCCGACGGAGCCCACAAAUCCGGCUGCCCCGGAGACCAGAGUUUGGAAGAAGGCGAGCUCCUGAGCCUGCUCGCCCCUCUCUUCAGUGAGAAGGCCAUACGGUUACUGGAAUCCAGGCCGGACCUUCUGAAAGUGCUCCGAGAACUGCUUCUGGAACAGAUAUGCUUGAGAGAGCAGGAAGCUUCGGGAGAACACCUUGACGGUAAAACGGAGAAGACACUUGGGCAGAUGGCCGUUCAGCUGAGAGGUGAACUCGGGCAUUUCAUCCAGGCCAACUUGUCAUCCAAGCCACGUGAUGAACUCGAGCGGCCUCCGGGAGCCCAGCUAGCAAAGGCGGCAGAGGCGUCCAGGGUGGAGCAGAAAGAUGCCUCCGUGCAGACCAUGGCUGUGGAGGGCGACACGGUCAGAUUCAGACACGGGGGCACGACAGAGCCUUGGGAAGAGAAGCCAACGGACGCCGUAUUCGGCGCCGAGCCUCAGCCGGAGAGCUUGUGCGGGAUGCCGGGGCGGCAGGCCGCUGCCCUCUCCUUCCCCAGGGGGACCGAAAAAGCCGUGAAGACGUCCCGCUUGCCCAUCCUGAUAAAAGCAUCGCGGCCGCUAGGGAGUGUGUGCCAGCCCCCUGCCCCCCAGGAGGUGGUGGCCCGGCAGCAGGGGGAGCUGAAGGAGUUCAAAAUGCACGACAAGCAACGCCACCAGCAGUUAAUUCUGGCUGAAGCGGUGAUGGAGGGGAGGCCAGCACCAGAAAAAGCGCUCCUGAAAGACUCCGAAAUUUACCAGCCUGAUGACCUUGCCAUCUUUCCACCAUGCGAAGAGAAUCCUUCUGAAGACAUUCCAGAUGCCACUUCCGUAGCUACAUACUUGAGUCCUAAGAGUCAGUUUUCCGCUAAAGUCAGUGUGGUUGAGACCGAUCAGCUGGAGAACAGCGAUACCUCAAAUGAUAAAGAAACCUUAAAACGGAAAAUCUGUGACUUGGAAACCGAGCUCGAGGUCUACCGGAACUUCAUAAUGCAGCUUCAAAAGCACUCCCAGUUCAGUGAGGCCAUCAUCACAGUUUUGUGUGGGAGAGAAGGGGCCCAGGAUGGCUUGAACAAGUCCAAGGGCAGUACCGACGAAGAAGAAAUGACCUUUUCAAGUUUGCACCAAGUACGUUAUGUGAAACACAUGAAAAUCCUCCACCCGCUGGCCCCAGAGAUGAUUGACAGCAGGGCGCUGGAGAGUCUCAGACUGCAGCUGGUGGACCAGGAAUAUGAGCUGCAGAAGGAGCAGAAUUUGAACAUGGAACUUUCCGGUGAAAUCCAUAACCUGCAGAAUAAGUUCAGAGAUCUCUCACCCUCAAGAUAUGAUUCGUUAGUUCAGGCCCAAGCCAGGGAGCUCUCCCUUCAACGACAGCAGAUUAAGGACAGCCACGGCAUCUGUGUCGUUUAUCGUCGGCACAUGAACGCCAUGAUCAAGGCCUUUGAGGAGCUGCUGCAGGCCAGCGACGUGGGUUGCCGUGUGGCCGAGGGUUUCCAGGAGCAGCUGAGUCAGUGCGCGGAGCUGCUGAGGCAGUUGGAAAAUCUGUUUCUCAAGGGAAAUUCAGUUGAAGUGGAAACGAGCACCCAGAAGGAACUGAGAGAGAGGACUGAGGAAGACAGCUUAAGCUACCAACACAUUCUCCCUGAGUCUCCUGCGCCCUCAGCCUCACGCGCGCUGUCCGACGGUCACACGCUGUCCGACGGUCACAUGCUGUCCGACUGUGAAAUGUCCGCGAAGUCCUCCUCACGAGACCAGAAGCAAGACAGCGAGACCGAGAAGACUUCGGUCCUGGCAAACAGCGUUUCUCAAGACUUACUAAUGGAACAUAUACAAGAAAUUCGAAGUUUGAGAAAACGUUUAGAAGAAUCUAUUAAAACAAAUGAGAAGCUACGGAGACAGCUGGAGCGACAAGGCUCUGAAAUUGACCAAGGUUCUUCAAACAUUUUUGCUUACGGUUCAGAGCUACAUAAUUCUCUGACAUCAGAAAUAUGUUUCCUGAGGAAGCAGAACGAGGCCCUCAAUACGAUGCUCGCUAAAGGAUCCAGAGAUAAACAGAAGGAGAAUGAGAAAUUGCGCGAGUCCCUCUCCAGGAAGACCGCCGGCCUGGAGCACCUUCAGCGGGAGUUCGCCUGUGUGAGGGCGGAGAACGACAGACUGCAGAGGGAGGUGGACGAGAAGGAGAGUCAGAACCAGCGGCUGCUCCGGGAGGUCUGCCACAGCCGCAGUGAGCUGAGCAGGGUGCAGGAGGAGGUGAAGGUGAGGCAGCAGCUGCUCACGCAGAACGACAAGCUACUGCAGUCCCUCCGGGUGGAGCUGAAGGUGUACGAGAAGCUGGAUGAAGAGCACAGGAGGCUGCAAGAGACCGGGGCAGAGGCAUCGGGAGAAGGCUGGAGGGGGCAGGACCCUUUCGGCCACCUGCAUGGCCUCCUGACAGAGAUCCAGGCUCUGCGGGCGCAGCUGGAAGGGAGCAUCGAAACCAACAGCACGCUGCAGAGCAGGCUGGAGGAGCGGUUGGCACAGGGCGGGGAGAAGGCCCAGGAGGCAGAUCUCGCUUUGGCUCUCCAGACCCCGUCUGUCCCCGAGCGGCCCCAGCAGCUGGACAAGCCCGAUGGUGACAGGUGUCCUGUGGCAGCUGACAAUUCGUAUGAUCUGUUUGAUUCCACCCCAGCAGUGCCACCAGGAUCAGCUUCAGAGACUCCUCCACUCUCUGGAAAUGACAUGGACGCCCUCUCCUGCGACAGUGGCAGCUCGAUCACCAGCGCCUCAAACGUGUGCCGCCUGGUCCCUGGCCACCGCCUGUGGGCCAGCAAGAGUGGCUGCCACGUCCUGGGCCUGAUUGAGGACUACGGUGCCUUGUGCGAGCAGAUUGGCCGGGGCCAGAAGCUCCUCGCCGAGAUGGACGUUCAGAUCCAAGAGUCUCCCAGCCCCACGAGUCAAGAGCUGGCAGCAAAGCGUCCACACCCGGCGCCCCUGAGCAGCUUCGUCACCGGUGUCGGCGCAGCCAGGCUGACCCUGGAUGAGGCCUCGAGGUUACUGACGCUCCUCUGGAGGGUCUCACUGCCCACCAGUGGCCAGUGCACGCUCCACUGUGAACAGACUGGAGCGUUGAAGGCAGAGAUCAGCAAACUACACAAAAAAUUGUCUGAACAAGAAAAGAAGUUGCAAAACACCAUGCAGCUGUUGCAGCUGAGCAAGAGCCAGGAGAAAGUCAUCUUUGACCAGCUGGUCGUUACGCACAAAAUCCUUCGGAAGGCCAGAGGAAACCUGGAGCUUAGGCCCGGGAGUGCCCAUCCUGGAACGUCCAGUCCCAGCAGGCCAGGCUCCUGAGGAGAACUUCCAGCCAAUAAAGCUCGUGGUUCCCCA